UCUCCCUCUUCACAUGCUGUCGAUCCAGCUGAGUGGGUGAAAAAGAGAGCGAGUGAGCGAGACAGAAAGAGAGGUAGCUUGUAUAAAAUAGCAGUCAAUCACUCAGCACCAUCAGCAAGAGAGAGAGCGAGCGAGAGAGAGAGAGAGAGAGAGAGAGAGAGAGAGAGAGAGAGAGAGAGAGAGAGAGAGAGACCCUGAAGGAGCAGCCAGUUGUUCGUCCCUCACUCCAGGCACUGAGUUUAUAGGCAGCCAGGCAGAUUUUUUGGCUUAGACACAGCGCUCAUGACAGGAUUAGGAGCCGGGGACGUGGGACCAACCGGUGAUCUGCAGGUCCUUGUGGACGAGCCAGAGCCAGAUUCUUUUCCUGCACAGCUGUGACCAGCCUCUUGUGUGCUGUCACACCAAACCUCUGACAGCCGUCUUCCAAGGUUGACCUGAUUACUGAGAGGCCUCCCUUCCUCUCCUUUCCUCUCCAACAUCAUGCGUCUCCUCACCACCCUCCUUCUGAUGCUGCUGCUCCUCCGGUCAGCCGAGCCCCGGAGAGGCCCACGGUCAGGGGUCAUGGAGCGGAGCGCCGUGGGCCGUGUACGGGGCAGAGGCAGGGCUGGAGUGAUGAGACGGCAGACUCAGGAGUGUAAGGAAUACAUAGAGGCUGGAGAGAAGUACCUGGACUGUCAGGACCGGCAGCUAACUACUGUGAUGCAGGACUGGCCUAAAGAUAUUCAACAUCUGCUGUUGGCGAGAAAUAAGAUUCAGGUUUUGAGGGACAACAUGUUCUCCCAGUUCACCCAGCUGAAGAGCCUGGACCUCCAACAGAAUGACAUCUCCAUGGUGGAGGACGGCGCGUUCAGCGGCCUCUCCCAGCUCACCACCCUGCUGCUCCAACACAACGGACUAAAAACAGCCUCUGAGGAGCUCCUGCUCCCUCUGCCCCACCUUACCUACCUCCGUAUCUAUGACAACCCUUGGAGCUGCGACUGCUCAUUGGACAGCCUGAUCAGGACCCUGCAGGUGCCGAGCAACCGCAACCUGGGCAACUAUGCCAAGUGUGCAGAGCCACUGUCGAAGAGGAGCCAGAAGCUGAAGAAGUUGAGUGUGGAGUCGUUGUGUAAGAAUGACAACCAGGUGGAUAGCAGGCCAGGGGGUGGAGGAGGGGGGCGACCCAGGCCUCCACCAAUCAAACAGAAGCCAGAGGCGACAUCUAUGUGCCACACCUACAUGUUUCCCAAACCUCGGCUGGACUGUAGUAGCAAAGAUUUGAAUAACAUCCCGUCCGACCUGCCGUCCGACAUAGUCAAGAUGGAUCUGUCCAGUAACAGCAUCCAACAUCUCAGGCCCAAACAGUUCCUGCUGUCUAAAGACCUCAAGCUGCUCAACCUCAGCAGCAACAACCUGCAACGAUUAGACACAGCUGCUUUCGCAGGCCUGCUGUACCUCCGCGAGCUCGACCUGUCCAACAACAGCCUCCAUUACUUCCAGUAUGGUGUACUUGAGGACCUCUACUUUCUACGGAAGCUCACGCUAGACAACAACCCCUGGAUCUGCGACUACAACAUCCACUAUCUGAUCUAUUGGCUCAAGCACCACCCAGGCGUCUUCUACACCGGCCUGACCUGCACCGAGCCGCGGGAGUUCAGGGGCUGGCGCGUCGAGGAUUACGUCAAGACCUACAACGGGGAAUGUCCCAAGGAUAGACAAACUGGAGGUGUGGAUUCGGGACAGGGGGGGCAAGGGGGGACAGACAAUGAAGCUCAGGAGGUUGGUGGGGAAACGGGUGAUGGGCAAGGUGGGCGUCUGCCUCAGCCGAUAAAAGAGAAGAAGACCAACGGGAUUGAAAUCAUCAGGCUGAGUUAAAUACGAGGUAGAUCCAUGGACUGUUGAGAGGCGUUGGAUUAAGAUUGAGGUCUGUUGACGGGCUGAAGUAUGGAUUUUAAAAAAACGUAGAUUCAUAGAUUUUUCUUUUUUAUUUGAUUGUAAAUGUAACAAUUUGGGAUGCAAUUCAUUUGUGGUUGUCUUUUUUAGUAGUUCUUCAGCAAAAAAAUAAACAAAUUGGGAACAUGUCUUAAAGGUUUUUUAAUUUUCAAUCUGAUAAUUCUCCGAAGUUAUCCUCUUGGCCAAGGUAAGGUAGAAACAAACUUUUGUUCCCAAUUCCAGUCUGUAUCAGAUCUUAAACUCCCUAAAAAGAUGUCUCUUUGACUUUACCACACACUUAACUAAAUGUGCUUUUUUUCUCCUGCUCUGGAAAAUUUGAUAUUGUUUUAUUAUUAAAGUUGUUUUUGGUCUUUUUAUUUUGACUAAUGUAUGACAAUGUCAGCUUGUUUUUCUGGAAAUAAAAUUGGGUUUAUUUUUUCUGUAA